CUCAACAUGGCGACAAGAAAGUGAGACUUCAGCUUAUGUUACUGAAUUUUGGGCAGCUUUUUUUUUAAUUAAGCGAAUCAAUAAACUAUUUAUCGAAUUUGGUGCAAUUUAAGCGGUGCACGAAGGACAUUUAAGGUCUGAUGCCCGGCUGCCGCCAUGUUCACUAAGAAGAAGAAGUCCCGCGUCCAGAUCUCGGCGCCCUCCAACUUCGAGCACCGCGUGCACACAGACUUUGACGAGCAGGAACAGAAGUUUGUGGGGCUGCCGCGGCAAUGGCAGUCUCUGAUCGAGGACACGGCCAAGAGGCCCAAGCCCUUCAUCGACGUCACCGUCAUCACCACGGUGGAGCCCCGCAAGACCAUAGUGCGGGGUAGUAAGAUCGCUGUGGAUGGCUCACUGACAUGGCUGCUGGAUGAGUUUGACACCAUGUCGGUGACCCGCUCCAACUCCCUGAGGCGAGGCAGCUCCCCCAUCCAGCCGCGCAGAGAUUCAGGAUCCUCGGGGGGAGGAGGCCAUGAGAACGGGGACCUGGCCCACCGGCCACACCCCCACCCAGAUCACUAUGGAGACAGAGAUAGGGAGCGACCCAGGCCGGACCAGUUAGCUGGUGGAGACCCCCGGCUGCCCCAGCAGGUACCCCGCUCUCAGAGAGAGGACGGACGGCCACAGCAGCAGCCCCGGGGCCAGGAGCCAGGCAGCAGGCACCGAGAGAGGGAGCGCCCACACCCGCCCCCGCCAAAGCCCAGAGACAUAGACCCACGGGACCACCAUGACCAGGUAGUCCGCAGGGAAGGGCCCAGCGACAAGAGGCCCAAGUCCAGCUACACGGGCAGGGACGGCAGCCCCCAGUCGCCCCGGGAUAAGAGGCCUCUCUCUGGGCCCAACAUCCGUAUGCCUAACCUGCCUGUCACAGAGGGGGUGAUCAAGACGGCACAGCAGAGCAGCAGGCCGUUCAACACCUACCCUCGCGCUGACAGUGAAGGAGGAAGGAGCCCCACCAGCCAGGAGCUGAAGCCAGCCCGACCACACGACGCUCCGCCACACAACGGUCCCUCUCGUGCCCCCAGCCGAGGCGGGGGCAAAGCACCACAGCAGGGCCAGCUACGAGGGGACCCCCACCACACCUCCCACCCUGUCCUGGGCCCUGAGCCCCCCCAUGGCCACCAGCAGCAGAAGGCUCGUUCCCCGCCCCCGGCCCCUGCACUACCACCACAGCAGGCCCUCUCGCCCCAGAGGGAGCCCCAGCGGGUGUCCCAUGAGCAGUUCCGCGCCGCGCUGCAGAUGGUGGUGGACCCAGGCGACCCGCGCACCUACCUGGACCACUACAUCAAGAUCGGAGAGGGCUCCACCGGCAUUGUGUGCAUUGCCACCGUCAAGAGCACCGGCAAACUGGUGGCCGUCAAGAAGAUGGACCUGCGCAAGCAGCAGCGCCGGGAGCUGCUAUUCAAUGAGGUGGUGAUCAUGCGGGACUAUCACCAUGACAACGUGGUGGAGAUGUACAACAGCUACCUGGUGGGAGAUGAACUCUGGGUCGUCAUGGAAUUCCUGGAGGGAGGGGCUUUGACUGACAUCGUCACACACACCAGGAUGAAUGAGGAGCAGAUAGCCACAGUGUGUCUGUCUGUGCUGAAGGCUCUGUCAGUGCUGCACACCCAGGGUGUCAUCCACAGAGACAUCAAGAGUGACUCCAUCCUGCUCACCCACGAUGGCAGAGUGAAGCUGUCAGACUUUGGCUUCUGCGCCCAGGUGUCUAAAGAGGUCCAGCGGCGCAAGUCCCUGGUGGGCACACCCUACUGGAUGGCCCCGGAGCUCAUCUCACGACUGCCCUAUGGGCCUGAGGUGGACAUCUGGUCCUUGGGGGUGAUGGUGAUCGAGAUGGUGGACGGAGAACCCCCCUAUUUCAAUGAGCCCCCACUCAAAGCUAUGAAGAUGAUCCGUGACAACCUACCACCCAAACUCAAGAACUUACACAAGGUUUCUCCUCUCCUCAAGGGCUUCCUGGACAAAUUGCUGGUGCGAGACCCCACCCAGAGGGCCACAGCCAACGAGCUGCUCAAGCACCCCUUCCUGAACAAGGCUGGCCCGCCCUCCUGCAUUGUGCCUCUCAUGAGGCAGAACCGCAUGAGAUGAGAGCGAGCGGAGGCCUCUUCCCCACUAAGUGGUAGUAGUCACAUGGACCCUCAACCCCAAGCUCACACCUCGGACUCACACUGAUCUGGAGCAAGGGGGCGGGGCAGCGGAGAAACACUGCCCAGCUCAUAUUAGCAUUUUUACUGGUCAAGCAUAUUUUUAACGCACCUUUUGAAACUAAAGAAACGAAAAGGAACUCUGUCUGUCCCUUUUUUCCUGUGGGGAAAAACAUUUGGACACUACAAGGAUUUAUAGCUUGAGCGGUUUGGUGAAGAAUGAGGCUUGGAAAGUGCUGUUGGAUCAUUAGACCUUAAGCUACCUGCUGCGGAGACUCACAAAAAGCACUGUUAGCAUCCUAGCUGAAUGGUCUGAAAACUAUGCUUCCACACUAUAGGACUUACUCACUACAUGGCCCAGUCGCAACGCUACUGCAAUAGACAGGACAUCAUAAACUACUACUGGAGGAAGACCAUACUUUUCUCUAACGAUAUGAUGCAUACAAGUCUGAAAAUAAACACUUGGUUCCUGUUACAAACACUAAGAAAAGGUCAACACUGGAGUUGUGUGGUUUUUAGAUAAUUUUCUUUAUGUAUGAUGAACAUAGAUAUAUACUGCUUUGUUUUCUCUAUUUUGUUUUUUUGGUUACAGUGAGAUGAUUUGAAGCACUGUUCUCAGAUAGAAACUGCACACCUGGUUGAUUCCAAUAUAUCGUAUAGUUGUUUAAUUAUUUUUUAUUACAAGAUGAAUCAUUUUGUUUAUUUUUAAUUUACCUGUGUUUAAUAGAAUAUGAUGGUGAAGUGAACAUCAAGGUAGUUUUAGCAGUUUUUUUUCUAAAGGCUUAUUUUUACUUGAGGGAUUUAGCCAUGUAGAUUGUGCUCCCUGUAACCCCUCGAUCCGCUACUGUAGACCUCAACUGUUAGUCUAUUGUAGUGACCACUAGGUCAAUGUAAGGACAACCCUUAUGAAAGCACCCCCCCCCACCACCACUAUAUACACGUGUAUAUACAGGAAUUCUCCAGAUUGGCUAAAUAAGUAGCUUUCUCCUUCUGUUUUUUUUCUUUCAUUUUCCCUAAUAAUGCAUUUCUUUAUCGCCUGACCUGGCUGGUCUGGACAAUGGGUCUGGACUAUGUGAAUGUAGUGCUGAGCCACAACCAGGCAUUUAAAGAUGGAAUCUGCAGCAGGGGGAAACGGCCCCACUGACCACCCCACCACCGUUGUUUUUGUUGCAGAGCUGAGGAGCGUCACGCAGCAUGGUAAAAACAAAUGCAGUACAUAUUGUGCUCUUCUAUCGCGCAUGCAAAGAUGUCCGAGGGGGAAAAAACUGUUCGUUGUUUGCAGUUACUUUGUUGAUGGUAAUAUUGAAGGUAUAUUCGCAAAUGGAUUUGGCUGUUUCACCAUUAAGGGUUCCAGCUUUAAGGGGUUAUUAGAACAGGAAACACACAAGGUGAAAAUCCCUGCUUCGCAAAGUUAAAUGUGCAACAGCUGCUAGAACUGAACUCUUGUGUCCACAAUGUAGCAAUGACAGGAACUGUAUGGCAGAAAACACAGACACACAGAUGCGAACACAAGUCCCCUGUAGCUCAGUUGGUAGAGCAUGGUGCUUGCAACGCCA